AAAAAGGGGUCAACAUUUUGUAACACUGAAAACAAAAACAUUGUAUCUGUCUCUUACGAAAGUUAUAUUUGGGAUGCUGUACUUCUUUUAAAACCGUUGUUGCUUGUUUACGGUAUUAACAACCUAGGUAUUUUUUAAACAUUUUUUUUUCUAAUUGGUCGCUUUUUAUUCUUUAAACGUCAUGGAUCAGUGCGUCAAUGUGGAAAGAGAGUUAGAAAAAGUGCUCCAGAAAUUCUCCAGUUAUGGGCAACACUGCGAUUGGACAUUGGAAGAGCUUGUGGAGUACACGAGUGGGCUGAAAUCGGAGAUCAUCCAGACAGGGGGGCAAGAUGUUGAGUUAUCAGGAACACUUUCCCUUGUUUUGUCACAGUGCUGUAAGCGGAUAAAAGAUACUGUACAGAAACUUGGUUCAGACCAUAAAGAUAUUCACAGCAGUGUGUCUCGUGUAGGCAAAGCAAUUGACAAGAAUUUUGAUUCAGACAUAAGCAGCGUGGGGAUUGAGGGCUGCUGGCAAAAUGAUGGUCAGAGGCUUCUCAGUGAGGUGAUGGUGGAACACUUUUUCAGGCAAGGCAUGUUGGACGUGGCAGAAGAACUUUGCCAGGAAGCAGGACUUUGUAUAGAUUCAAGUCAGAAGGAGCCAUUUGUAGAAUUAAAUCGAAUCCUUGAAGCCCUCAAAGUGAGGGAUUUACGACCAGCUCUGGAAUGGGCAAUCACAAACAGAGAAAUGUUAAUGGCACAGAACAGCUCACUAGAGUUUAAGCUGCACAGAUUGUAUUUCAUUAGCCUGUUAAUGGGAGGUACUGCUAACCAAAAAGAAGCACUUCAGUAUGCCAAAAACUUUCAGCCCUUUGCUUUAAACCACCAGAAAGAUAUCCAGGUGUUAAUGGGAAGCUUAGUGUAUUUGCGUCAAGGCAUAGAAAACUCUCCUUAUGUUCACUUGCUUGACUCUAACCAGUGGGCAGACAUUUGUGACAUCUUCACAAGGGAUGCUUGUGCUCUCCUUGGUCUUUCUGUGGAAUCUCCUCUCAGUGUUAGUUUUUCAGCUGGUUGUGUGGCACUGCCAGCCCUCAUUAACAUUAAAGCUGUCAUUGAGCAGCAACAGUGCACAGGUGUUUGGAACCAGAAGGAUGAGUUGCCAAUUGAAGUUGAUCUAGGCAAAAAAUGCUGGUAUCAUUCUGUAUUUGCUUGCCCUAUACUUCGACAACAGACAACUGACAGCAACCCUCCAAUGAAGCUGGUGUGUGGACACAUUAUUUCAAGGGACGCAUUAAAUAAAAUGAUUAAUGGAAGCAAGUUGAAGUGCCCAUAUUGUCCAAUGGAGCAGAUUCCAGGAGAUGCAAAGCAAAUAUAUUUUUGAAACUUUACUCUGUGGACAUUAAUGUGGAUUUAUUUUCAAAUGACGAUCUGGUUUCUAGAGCUGAAGCCUGUAAUAUCCAUGUGAGUGGCUGCCAAUACUUAACAGGGACACAGUGCAAAAGAUAGUUAAAAGGUAUUAGUGAGGAUAGGGCUUUUAAACUUGAUCUGCAUAUUUUGGUCAAGUUAAUACACCAGCAUUCACUAUCAAAGACAAUUAUUUGUAUGUAAACAAUAUUCUUUUUAGUUUUUUUUUUUUUUUUUAACUCAGUGGAAACAAAUAACUUUCUUCUUGCAUUGUAAGUGUAUCAUCAUAUUGAUAAAAACUAAAUCAUCUUUUGAGGAUGUAUUGUGGAAUGUUUUACUUUUCAAGUGUACAUAUUAAUAAUGAAAUUAUAUAACAGAGAACAACUACUACUACUGCAGAAUUUGCAUAACUGAUUUGUAUUUUCUGGUGACAGAUCAAGCUGUGAAAUAUGGUCACAUUUUUUUUCCUUUCAGGAGUUCUUUAAAAUUUAAAACUAAGAAAUGUACAUAAACAGUGAAUAUUGAAGCCUAUAGGCCUUAGAUAUUUAAAUGUAUUGCUAAUUUAUAUGAUUGUAUGCAGUUUAUAUUAUUGGAGGAGUGGCAUGUACGUUUCCUUUGCUUUGAUAAAUAAUGUUAUUUGUGUAAUGCCAUCUCUAAUAAAGAUACGGUUUUGAGAAAUGC